AUGAAGCGUGCGCACGAUGGGGAUGACGACAACGAGCCUCCAGCCAAGGUGCAACGCCUCUUGCACCCGGAUCGGCUGUCUAAAUUGAGUGAAGAGCUGCUGGUUCGUGUACUGUCAUUUAUCCCUGUACCGUCCCUCCUAGUUUGCCAAAGGGUAUCGAAACGGUUCAGCCGCCUGUCUUUGGAUUCUGAGCUUUGGAAGGCAGCCUACUACCGCACAUUCGUUCUCCCACGGGCAUCUCGCAUACCUGGCAUUAAAGACUCUGCCAAUCCUAAUCGAUUACACUAUUCCUCUCGGCUGUCAAAAUGGCUGGAAGAUGGCUAUCUUGUCAAGGACGGGAAAGAAACAAAUUGGAAACAACAGUAUCGUUUACGGCAUAACUGGACAAAAGGUAAAUGCGCCGUCAGUGAGAUUGUCGUUGCCGAACGACCGCCAGAUCCACCUCUUCUAGUAAUGAUGUCGAACAGCAUCGUCUAUGCCGCAGAUUCAUUAUCAGGUCUUCGGGCUUGGAGCUCGAAGGACGAUCGCGAGCUACUGGCAUCCACAGAACUCCAUGUGGAAGCAUAUGCACCUCAACUACCCAUAUCUAUGGCUAUAGACGCCUCUGGGAAAGAGGCUAACGAAGAGAGGGUAGCUAUGGGCUUCGAGGAUGGUUCAUUCUCGAUAUACGCACUAAAGAAAGAUCGCAAGAGGUUCCAGACCCUCUUUACUCAUCCGCCGUCCACUAACGGGAUGUUAUCGGCACUGGCGUACUCAUCACCUUACCUUCUUACCAUGACUGAAGAUCAUAUCCUUUCCCUGUAUGCUUUCGAAGGGACACCAAAUAUGCAUGGCGCAUUGGAGGCUCCUAAACUUCUGUAUUCUCUCCGGUCACACACUGCAUGGCCACCGGUCUCUCUUUCGUUGAGGAUGAAUGCGACAAGCAUGACUGCAGCCAUUGCAUACUCUCUUCCAACCUACCUGUCUGGCUGGACUGUCGGUGUACAAGAACUGAUACUUUCUCAUAAGGGUGAGCUUCUGGAAUCAAGGUUGACUACUGCAGCGGAUGAGCAUUCAUUUACCCUAUCUGCGUAUCGUUCUCCAACUUCCCGUCCAGUACACUCCUCCUCAGAUAGUGCAAGGGAUGCAUCUAUCCUUAAUGGACCUAGCAGAUCAAAGCCAACCUCGAUGUCGUACUCGCAUCCCUACCUCCUUGUGGCGCACCCGGAUAAUACUUUAUCGUUGUACUUGGUUCGAUCAACAUCUUCGGCGCUCUCGAUCAGUUCUGGAAACCGGCUUUGGGGCCACACAUCUUCAAUUUCCGGCGCCCACGUCGGAAUGCGCGGUAAGGCCGUGUCAGUUAGCAGAAUUGGAGACGAACUCCGCGUCUGGGAUUUGGAAGGCGGGAUGAAUUCUUCUGCAAACCGCAAACGCUCAAGGAACGGGGAGUUGAGUGUGCGUAUACAGCCGUGGAAAGUUGGUGAAGCAGACAGUCAAGAUGAUGCUUCCGGAGGGGAGAGUGGGCUACGCUUUGCACUUGACCAGGGCUUUGAUGACUCAUCGGUCAGUCGAGGAUGGGUUGGAUUUGAUGAACAAAACGUUGUCGUGUUACGAGAGAAGAGUGAAGGUAGUCAAGCACUUGUGGUUUACGAUUUUACAUAG